AUGACCGCACGACCCAGCCGCACUCGUUCUCAAAGCGUGCGAGUCAGCAACGGUACCGCUAGCACACAUACCAGUUUCUCCAGUGGACGAAUGUCGGAAGCCACCAAUAUCACCCAGCCGCCCUCCUACUCAAAAAAAUUUGUCGUGGUCGGAGAUGGCGGAUGCGGCAAGACUUGCUUGUUGAUUAGCUACUCGCAAGGUACAAUUGACUAUUUUAUUGCCCGGGAUCAAAUGAGACGAAGCGAACUGACAGCAACGCAGAAAUAUGUUCCCACUGUGUUCGAAAACUAUAUCACCCAGACUACCCACCGGGCAUCCGGCAAGACAGUCGAGCUAGCACUGUGGGAUACCGCCGGGCAGGAGGAAUAUGAUCGUUUGCGCCCACUGUCCUACCCCGAGACCGACCUUCUUUUUGUCUGCUUUGCAAUUGACUGCCCCGCAUCCCUAGAGAAUGUGGUGGACAAGUGGUAUCCCGAGGUCCUGCACUUUUGCCCCACAACCCCAAUUGUCCUGGUUGGCUUGAAAUCGGAUCUGCGCAAUAAGCGAACAUGCAUUGAGCUUCUUAAGACUCAAGGCCUGACUCCCAUCACACCGGAACAAGGCCGUGGCGUGGCCGAACGAAUGGGCGCGGCCUACGCGGAGUGCAGUAGCAAGGAGAUGCGCGGCGUGGACGAGGUCUUUGCCAAGGCUGUCGAUACCGUUGUUGGAGUCGAGGACGAAGGCUACAACACCCAGCCGACGAAUAACCGCAGCAGCGGCAAACCCUCUGGAGGUGGAGGUCGAUCUGGCAAAAAGAUCAAGAAGCGGACCUGCAAGAUCCUGUAA